AUGGAAGCAGUCCCUGCAGAUUUUGGCAAACGCGUGUACCAAGGGGUGCGAGUGAAGCACACGGUCAAGGAUCUCCUGGCUGAAAAGCGAUCCCGGCAGAGCAGCGGCUCCCGCUUCAGCGGCAGCACCAGCACAGCACAGUCACCCUUCGGCCAAAUGCCAGGCUCUCCCACCAUGGCUGGUUACUACGGCGUCCGCAGACCCUUUGGGGCCGAGCUGGAUUUCCACAGCCCCAAGCAGUUUGUCAGCGAUGCCUACCCCUCCCCUCUGGCCUCCAAGCCCUUCUCCUGCGACCCCUCUGCCCCCCAGGGCUGCCCAGCCCUCCUGGAGCCCUAUCUCAGCGAGCAGUUCGGGGAUCACCGUGCUCCUCCUCCUCUCCCAGCUGCCACCAGCUCCUUCUUCAGCGCUCCGGCUGUGUCCCCUCUGCUGCCGUCCUUCCCCAGUGACACAGGGCACUUCCUGCUCAGAGAGCCCUGGGAGCAGCCCUCACCCGAGAGCCUUGGCCAGCCUGACAGUGCCUGCUCAGAGCCUCUGCAGGCGCUCCCUGCCACCUCCAGCUGCCUCUCCCUGCCUGAACCUGGAGCUGCUUCCCCAUUCCGAGGCUCAGGUUGGAGCCCAGCCCUCCCUGGAGCCCAGCCCUACCCUCUGCACCCCCUUGAAGACGCCCACUACUCCCCCAGCUACGCUGCCACCUCACCCUACAGCCUGUCCCCGUUCAUGGCCGUGGCCAGCGAGCCCUCCAGGAUGAGCCACCUGUGCCCAGAGCCACCCUCAGAGCCACCACACCUUCCUGAGCACUCUGCCUGGGCCAAAGAGGAUGGAAGUGCCCUCUGGGGGACUUAUGAAGGCAGGAGAACUUACUGA